UCGUCGCGCGCCGCCGUCAUGGCCGCGGAGGAGAAGGAUCCCCUGAGCUACUUUGCGGCUUACGGGAGCAGCAGCUCGGAGUCCUCGAGCGAGGAGGAUCCCAGCGAGCCGGAGGAGACAAGCCGCCAGACCUCGGAUCCGGCGAAGUCCGCGGGCGGCGGCGGCGGCGGCGGGAGCCGGGCGGAGAAGCGCCUGCCGGGGCCCGAGGAGCUGUUCCGCAGCGUGGCCCGCCCCGCCUUCCUCUACAACCCGCUCAACAAGCAGAUCGACUGGGAGAGGCGCGUGGUGAAGGCGCCCGAGGAGCCUCCCAAGGAAUUCAGAGUAUGGAAAUCAAACUAUGUACCUCCUCCGGAAACCUACACUACCGAGAAGAAAGCCCCGCCUCCAGAGCUGGAUAUGGCAAUAAAAUGGUCCAACAUAUAUGAGGACAAUGGUGACGAUGCCCCACAGAAUGCUAAGAAAGCUAGGCUUCUCCCUGAAGGGGAGGAGACAGUGGAAUCAGAUGAUGAAAAAGAUGAGCAUACUGCUAAGAAGCGCAAAGUAGAAGCAGGAGAACUGGCAAAGAAGAAAAAAUAAAAACCAUGACAAGAAGAAUUAAUUUCUGGACUGCUAAACUUGUUCAAAUGUGUUAUUGAACAGAUUAAAUUGAAAUUGUGGAUUAUGACAAAUAUUUCUGAAAAUUAUGAACUAAUAAGUAUUGCCUCAGAAUUUUCCGCUGUAGAAUUCUUUUGUUCUGUUUUGCUUUAAUUUAAAACCUAUGUAUUUAAAACUCCAGUGGUGACCUGUGAUUGUGAAAUUGACUGGACUUGGAAGCAUUCUUGUUAUGUAUCACAAAAUCAGUGACAUGCUUUAAGAGUUGUGUCACAUAUUGACCUGCCCGUGUUCUAUGAACCUUUUAUAAAGGAAUAUAUUUUUAAAGUAAAUAUAUUGUACUGUGAACUUGUGGGUGCUUUUCAUCAGUGUUUGUACAGUGUAAAUAGAUCAUGGAAAUAAAAUUAUUCAAUAUCUCUAUUACUGUAUUAUAUAAACAUUUGAAUAUUUGUCUGUGACAAGUAUCCUUCUCACCCUAUGAGAUUGUAAGUUGUUAUAGGGAUUUACCACACAGGGAAUGCUUCUUUAGGUUCCAGGUGUUUUGUGCCUGUAUUAUCGUCUUCCUUGAACAUACUAACUUGAGUAACUUGUCCAAGGUUACAUCACUAGUGAGUAAUAUGUAAUUAAAUCAGGACAUGUGAAUUCCAAACACAUUUAACCACCUGUCCAUGGAUCCAAAUAUAGUGAAUUUUGAAGAAUUACAUUAGUUGCCAUCUCCCAUGUAUUCUUAGGUGGUUGUGAUGGAGAUCUUUGCCUUCUCUGUGACUUCUUACUGUAGGUGCCUUAUGUUGUGAUUACUCCUUCAUUUCCUUUUAAAUAGACUGAAGAAAGGGUUCUUUUACAGAGUUAGCAAAGUGUAGAGUACCCAGACAGUGUUUUACUGUAUGUUGUGUUUGAAAUAUACUUGUAUUUAAAGUUAUCUGACAUUCAGAUUUAAUCUUGUUUGGGGUUUGAACCCAGGGCCUAUUCUUCCUGAGCAACUUGUAUUUUAUCUAGCAGCCCUACUUCUGUGUGUUUUCUUUGCCCAGCUAUUUUACUGUUUUGCAUAUAAUAAUAAAAUUAGCACGGGGUACUUA